AUGAGUCUUCGACCGAAACAAAAAUCGUCGUCAACGUCGAGCUUCCUGAAGUCACACAAGUUCUCGUUGACAUCCCAUAUCUUACGGUAAUUCUUUUAUUUUUUUCCCACUCUCCUGCGUUUCCUUCUCUCUUUUAAUUAAACCAUCGUAAAUCAUGUUUUGCUCUAAAGGAAGGCGAAAAAGCGCGAGAAUAUGGAUAGUGCCGAGCGUCGCCGAUCCGAGACCGACAUUGGUGGUGGUCCGAGGAAUAGUGCGGAUGCGCGUCCGAGCCUCGAUCUCUCCUCCGAUCCGAUGCUCGAGUCGAAUCUUGCGCUCCGUAAGCUCUCCGAAGCUUUCGGUAAGUUUCGAUUUCAGCACCUCGUAAAACCUUUGUACAUAUUCUGACAUUUUAUUGCGCACUAUAAAGUGCAGUUUUCUCUCCAGCCCGUUUUCUCGUUCCAAUCCUAUAAAACUUUGAUAGUUCAAUCAUCCAAGGACAUCUGAGGUUCCCGUUUACGCCCACUCUCUUGACGUCAAGCCAAAACAGUAGUCGCCUCCAGAAACUUAAUGAAAUGUUCAUGUGACGCCGCGACUUAUUUGGUUUGGCUUGCUCAUCUCAUCUCGUCUCAUUUUGCACCCACACAAACACACAGACCAGCGCAAUUUGAACUUUGAAAAUCGGAAAUGGCGCGAGAGACAAGACUAGCCAAGGAGACAAUCUAAUUGACAAAAACCAGUUCGUGUUUGUCAUUGAUCUUUCAAUUGAAUAGUUUGGUGAAUUUCAAAAUUUCAAUCCGACUAUGUUGUGUAUGAUUCAAAACGUCACUUUCUUGUUAUUUUUCACAGGACAAGUAUGUUUUCAAUCCAUGAUCCAAUAGGGGAAAACACUCUAAUGUAGUUGUGAUUGUUUCGCCAAACAUCACAUAAUUUUCAUUCCUUUCUUUCACAAAUUGACACGGUAGAUUACAAAUCGCAAAAACUUUUGAGUCUUGAAAAGAGGUGUGGUGAAUCAGGGAAAGAAAGGAAUUGAAAUUGGAAUGGGUGAGUGGGUGAGGGGAGGGGUAUGCGUUGAUGAGGAGUGAAACGGAGCCGGGGCCACUGGUUCCAACCCCAACGCAAAUUGUUAUAUUUUUCAUGUGGAGAACGACGCCCAUCAGGCGCGCCUUUUCAUUUGACAGCCCCUAGUCCAAGCUAGCUGUUAGACGUCGUUUGCUUUGGACUCAUUUGAGAAGGAAGCCGAGAGAGAGAGAAAGAGAUUCUCUCUUUUUUCGUCUCCCUUUCCUCCACGACAUUAACUCAUUUAUCCUAUCAUCUGGUGCUGCGCGACGGCCACCAAGAGCCCUCUCAACUUAUUUCAUCAGCUAGAACAUCAUAUGGACGUGCCUCAGACACAGUCCCUGUCCGCCGCCGCGCUUAUCAGCCCCGUCAAGAACAGUUCGGCUGGUGGUGGUGGGCACGGACAACAGUUGUGCAUCCGAAAGUCCAUCUCAAACCCCUCAAGUCUCAGAAUCCAUUCGGCUUCUUCGGACAGUUUUAUUCACUUUCCGAGAUUCGAAUUCUCGCAUCAUUUAUCUAUUCGACCCCUACUAAAAAGGUUACAUGAACAAGGUAAGAACUUUGGUUUUGAACAAAGUAUGCAAAAAAGAAGAACUAAUAAACUAUGAAAACUUGAGCGACUUACAAGGUUUACAAGGACCUACUGCACAAAAGCCUCUUCGCCAGCCCUUUCUUGUAUGUAUUUGUCCUAUGACCAGAAAUGGGAGGGCGGUUGGGAGGAGGGCAGGACAAUAUGUGUCAGUGUUUCUUGAUAAAACAUUUUAUUCAUUCUUCCAUCCCUUUUCAACAUGAAACGCGCUUCUUCAGUUGUCAAAAGUGUGAGACGUCGAAUUUGUAAGGUUUAUUUAUGUUUUUCUUUUCUGACCGGAAAUGUGAGCCAAAUGACCUCACGACACGGAAGCCAAAUGGUCUUCUUUUGAGAAGUUGACAAUAGAGGGGCGAAAAAAAUGAAAUGGUGUGGGAUGUUAUAAUUGCGCGUGAAAAUGGGGAAAAGAGCAAAACUCAGGAGUUGGGCGACUUCAUUCAUUCUCAUUCCCUUUUCUCGCCCCAUGUUUGUCUUCAUUUCAGCUCAACGAAUCGAGGGCAAAGCAUUCGUUCGUCGUGGAGCGCUUCGGCAGAAGAACGUGCAUGAAAUCAAGUGAGUUUGUUGAAAACGUUUCGCUUUCGAUUCAUUUCCUUCAUUUCUCGUUCAUUUCCGCUGCAAGAAGAGAGAGAGAGGAGAAAAAACAAUUUUGCCCUCUCUAGACGACAACGUUUCCAACUUUUUAAAUUACACCCUAGAACGUUAUCAGAUCGCACAAGUUCAUUGCACGAUUCUUCAAGCAGCCGACUUUCUGCUCGCACUGCAAAGACUUUUUGUGGGGUAUCACCAAACAAGGGUUCCAGUGCCAAGGUAUCAGAGUUGUCCUUUUAACUUGAGAAUGGAGAUUCUUUUUCAGUGUGCACCCUUGUGGUCCACAAAAGAUGCCACGAAUUCGUCAACUUUGCGUGUCCGGGAGCCGAUAAAGGAGUGGAUACUGAUGUAUGAAAUAAAAAUUAAAAAAAAACUUAUCCCUCAUCAUCUUUUCAUCCACUUUUUUAAAGGAUCCCCGUCAGCAGCAUAAAUGGAAAGUCCAAACUUACUCAUCGCCCACUUUCUGCGAUCAUUGCGGAUCCCUUCUCUACGGUCUGAUUCAUCAGGGAAUGAAGUGCCAGUCAUGCGACACCAAUGUCCAUCACCGUUGCGUUAAGAACGUCCCAAAUAUGUGUGGAACGGAUAACACCGAGAAGCGAGGACGCAUUCGCAUCGAAGCUCACAUUGAGAAUGAUCAAUUGACCAUCAAAAGUGAGCGUGGGUUAGGGUUCGAAACGGAAAUUGAUGGGAAAUUAGAUUGAAAUGUAUUUUUUGCAGUUCUCGAGGCUAAGAAUCUUAUUCCCAUGGACCCGAAUGGGCUAUCGGACCCAUACGUCAAGUGCAAACUUAUUCCGGAGGACUCUGGCUGCAAAUCGAAGCAAAAGACCAAGACCUUGAGAGCCACCCUCAACCCUUUGUGGAACGAGACCUUCCACUAGUGGGUCGAACAAUGCCUCCAUCUUUAGCUACUUUUUUUUAGCAAACUAUUGUCUGGUGAUAAGGAUCGUCGCUUGUCGAUUGAAGUCUGGGACUGGGACCGUACCUCUCGCAACGAUUUCAUGGGAAGUCUGUCGUUCGGAAUCUCCGAGCUCAUGAAGGAGCCAGCGUUAGGAUGGUACAAACUGUUGAGUGCCGAGGAGGGAGAGUUCUACAAUAUCAACAUCACGCCGGAGUACGACGAGGACAUGGAGAAGGUCCGCAAGAAGAUGAACGACCACCAUGUAAGUUACGGGGAGGGCUUCAAGGCUUCAUAAGGUAUCAUUUCAGAUCUCUUCGCGUGAUAGCGGAUCGGUUAAGCCAAAGGACAACUUUUCACGUACUAACCCAACUCCACUUGUCAAUACGAACCGUGAUGUCAUCAAAGCUUCUGACUUCAACUUCCUCACUGUUCUCGGAAAGGGAUCGUUCGGAAAAGUGCUUCUCGGGGAGCAAAAGACUACUAAGGAGCUCUUUGCGAUCAAAGUGCUUAAGAAGGAUGUCAUCAUUCAAGACGAUGACGUGGAAUGCACAAUGACCGAGAAGCGUGUCCUCGCCCUUCCGGAGAAGCCGCCAUUCCUUGUUGCUCUUCAUUCAUGCUUCCAGACGAUGGUGAGCUUAGAAUUCUAUAAGAGGGAAUCGAAAACCAAGAGAAUAUUUUUUGUGUUUGUUUCCAGGACCGUCUUUACUUUGUGAUGGAGUUUGUCAAUGGUGGUGAUCUGAUGUACCAAAUACAGCAAGUCGGAAAAUUCAAAGAGCCGGUUGCCGUGUUCUAUGGAGCUGAAAUCGCCGUCGGAUUGUUCUACCUCCACUCGAAAGGAAUCAUCUAUCGUGAUCUGAAAUUGGAUAACGUAAUGCUCGAGCGAGAUGGCCAUAUUAAGGUUGGUUUAUUCGUCGUUUUUCCUUGUCCGCGCUCAUCCGUCAACAACUUUUAUUUCACUUGAGAAGAAUAAGAAGAAGACGUAAACAUCUCGCCGCCGUCCAUGAUUCAAUUCAAUUCAGAUCACCGAUUUCGGCAUGUGCAAGGAAAACAUCUUCGGCGACGCGACAACCAAAACCUUCUGCGGAACUCCGGACUACAUUGCGCCGGAGAUCAUCCUGUAUCAGCCGUACGGCAAAUCGGUGGAUUGGUGGGCUUACGGAGUGUUGCUCUUUGAGAUGCUUGCCGGUCAGCCACCGUUUGACGGGGAGGAUGAGGAUGAACUGUUCACGGGUAAGACAAGCACUCCUUAAGACAUGAAGAAGAGUUCGAGAGAAGUUUUAUUUCAGCUAUCACUGAGCACAACGUCUCUUAUCCGAAGAGUCUGUCCAAGGAAGCUGUGUCGCUAUGCAAAGCGCUUCUGAUCAAGAACCCGUCCAAACGCUUGGGAUGCACUGGAGAUGAUGAGUUGGCUCGCAGAGACAUAAAGGUACAGUAACCCGGAAAACUAUCCAGUCACCUACCGUAACCCGUUCAGGACCAUCCAUUCUUCCGACGCAUCGACUGGUACAAAAUUGAAACUCGUCAAAUCCAGCCGCCAUUCAAACCAAAACUGGUACGUCUAAAUACAUUUCAGACAUUAUUGUCCCUUGUCCUCCCGGGCUAUAACAGUUUUGCUACUGAGUUCUCGAAAAGAAUAAGUUCAAUUUUCCCUUUCCACUCUAUCCGCAAAGCUUUUUCACAAAAACAAAACGCUCCGAAUCCGUCAAUCUAUCGCUUUAAACGUAUUAGCUGGAUCAUUCAAAACUAUCCAAAUUUUCCAUUUCCUCUAUCUUUUUCUUCUACAAACACUUCACUUUGGAAUGAAACUUGCAUGUAUGUGUCUGGAAUGAAAGAGUGCACUCACCAUUUCUAACCACCCCCCUGGAAAACGGAAACUCAAAGUCCUGGCAUGUCUUUAUCGUUGUGAUUUAUUUCAGAAGACCGACAGGUCAACUGAGAACUUUGACCACAAUUUCCUGAAACUGCCGACCAAGAUGACGCCGCCUGAUUGGGAGGUGCUUGAGAAUUUGAAGGGCGACGAGUUCAAGGGCUUCUCGUUUGUCAAUCCGUUUUACAGCAAGGAUGUGGAGCCGUGA